AUGGCAGAAAAAUACACGUCAUUUAUCCUCGCCAACGCACAAGUGGUCGACUAUCCGAUUGUCUACUGUAAUGACGGUUUCUCGCCCAGCUCGUCGGUACUCACGGCGAGAUCAUGCAGAAGCCUUGCUCAAACGCCUAUCUGGUUGUUAGUUCACUUGGCACCAAUUAAAAACGACAAAGACUCGGUGGUUCUCUAUUUGUGCCAAUUUAAAGACAUCACACCGCUUAAGCAACCGUUGGACGAUGAAAACAACAAAGGCCUGUCUCGGAUUCUCCAAAUUGCUCGGAUCGCCAAAUCCAAGCAGCAAUUCAAUCAGAUUGAGACCAAGGACCUGCACAAGUCGACGACGUCCGCCUCGUCCAACUUCACCCAGGUCAGCCCACAGCCUCACUAG